AUUGGAGGUCUUUGAACUCUGCUGGCAGAGCGAAAGAAUAAGUCAUGUUUCAUGCACAUCUGGAACAGAGCAACGCCAAACCUCUUCCCGUGGUGAUUAUAGGAAAUGGUCCCUCAGGGAUCUGCUUAUCCUAUCUCUUGUCCGGCAACGUUCCCUACGUCAGAAGGAACUCCGUUCAUCCGAAUCCAAUCUUGCAAAGAAAAUUGGAAGAGACCUCAGAGGUUCCCAUUGUAGAUCAGGAUCUGGAGUAUCUUUCUGAAGGUUUAGAGGGUCGAUCGUCCAGUCCAGUGGCUCUCCUUUUCGAUGCCCUUCUGCGUCCAGAUACGGACUUUGGUGGGACAGCCGAGUCUGUCCUCACCUGGUGGCAUGAACCUGACCGGGCCAUCCCUCAUCUGGUUCUUGGCAAAACCUUCCCUGGAGGAGCUUGGCAUUCUAUUGAAGGAUCCAUGUUCACCCUGAGCCAAGGAGAUUGGAUGGGGCUUCCUGAUGUUCCGUUCAAAGACUGGUUGACCAGGAAGAAAAGGGGCUUCAGAAACAACAGAGCAACUGCUGGCGACAUAGUCCAAUACUAUCAAUAUUACGUGGCCAAGAAAGGGCUCAAGAAGAACUUCCUCUGUGGAACUCUGGUGACAUCUGUGAAGAGAUUGAACUUGGAUUCAGAAGAUUCCAAGGACAGCAGCUCCGUGUGGGAUUUAUCCCAGAGACCUCAAGGAAGCAAGGACAGUCUCUUCCAGGUUGAUGGCUUUGUCACCAACAUCAGUGGCACCCAUCCCUUCUCAGUUUAUGCGGAAAAUGUGGUCUUGGCCACGGGGACCUAUGAUAGCCCAACACGGCUUGGGAUCCAAGGCGAGCAUCUCCCUUUCAUCCAUCACACGCUGUCAGCUCUCGAAGAAGCCGUCAAGAACAAGGAGAUCGGCGUCAUGUCGGACCCAAUCUUGAUUGUAGGAGCAGGCUUAACGGCAGCGGAUGCCAUUCUCUUUGCCCACCAUUAUAACAUUCCUGUGAUCCACGCUUUUCGCCGGCGCGUGAAUGACCCGGGGCUCAUCUUCAACCAGCUCCCCAAAACAAUGUACCCCGAGUACCACAAAGUCCACCAGAUGAUGAGGGAGCAGGCCAACCCUUACCCGGGACCGUACGAACAUUAUGUCAGCCUUCCUGAGCACCACGUGGCCUGCUUUUUGGAGGACCGGAAGUGCAUCUUUUCCGACAAGAGUGGCCAUCAACAAAUACACCGGAUCUCCAUGGCUUUUGUCCUCAUCGGCUCCAAUCCCAACCUCUCCUACUUGCCCAGCAAUGGGAUGGACUUGGCCGUUGACUGUGAGCGGCCAGUCAGUUCCAAGAGGAACCCCAUAGAUGUUGAUCUCUUCACUUACGAGUCCGUUCACGAGAAGGGACUCUACGCCAUAGGGCCGUUAGCUGGGGACAACUUUGUGAGAUUUGUUCAAGGUGGCGCUUUGGCCAUUGCUAGCUCUCUGCUGAAGAAGGUGAACCAAAAUCCUCCUUAACGCUGGUGAACAUAGCCUCUCCUCUGAAGGAUGACUGUUGGCCAAAUUUUGAGAAUGGGCAUUGGACGUGUAGCUGUGUUUUCAGAUAUGAAGUCUCUCCCUGAAGGCCUUCAAAAUGGGCUGGACCAGUCCAAGAAGAUAACAGCAGGAUCCUUGCAGAAUGCUUGGCUCCUUCAUCUCUCUACCUCUGAGCGGUAGAGAGGGGGUUAGGAAAGCUUUACUAGAUCCCAUGGUGCACUUCAGACGUUGCCUCAGUUAAAUCUGAAGCAAGUUAUUUCUCCAUGGAUAACCCGAAGACCUCCGUCCACAUAUUCUGAAUUGCAGUGAAAGCAUGGUUUGCAUCCAAAUAACCAUUUUUGCUCAUGCAGGGUGGUGGGGUUUCCAUUAAGUAAUGCACCACUCAGUUCUUCAGAGAUUCCCCAAGUGAACCAGAAAAGAUUUUCACUAGAUCCAUGAAUGCUCAGCAAAGAAUGGGAGGAUCUGAACUUCUUCCAGGCCAUCUAUGCAUGAAAGGGCCUUUCCAUUAUAAAUGGUGGGUGGAAGGUAGGUUUGCAUCCAACUCAAAAGUCUGAGAUGGACUCAAACCAACUCUUCAGAUAUGCAGAAUUCUCCAGCCAACGUGGUUCUUGCUGAGAUAUGGAAGUUGCCCUGGUUUAGGAGGGUUAGUCUACUCUAGGAAAACAUAAACCAGCAUUAGCAAAGCAGUCUGGGAUUAUGGUGGGACUACCCAUUGGGCGGUCGUUACAAUUAACAGUGAAACCCAACUGACCAUAGUUUCUUCAUCUUCUCAGAAGUGAAGUUCAGACAUACAACCUUGCAAAACAAUUUUGGAUGCUUCCACUACAUUCUCAGGAUGUUCUUUAAUGUUUCCCUUGGGCAGCAUUGCCAACAAUGUUGAGUUCUGUCUGCCAAGUUAAAUGUGCUACUAAUUUGUAAGCAAAUUUUGUAAAAUAAGUGUGUGUUUUUUCUAAAAAAAAUAUAUAGAAC